UAUGCAAGCCAUGAACUAUGAACUCAUGCAAGGCUACGACACAAAGGCGAUAACAAUUACAAAGCCAUUAACUUGAACAUUUUAACUUCAUCCAGAUUCCAGCAUACGUCCGUACCAGUUUAUCUCAAUAGACAGCAAGAUAGCGCAUGCUGACAGGUUUCCCGGGGUCGCGAACGCAUUCGAGUGCACCUUUGGGUUCCCUUCUCAUGAAAAGAUAUAUAGUGCGCAUGCCUACACUUAUUCCAAACUACGCCUUGCAACAGUGUACCGUCGGCAAGAGUACUAUAGUCGUGCAUCUGUUAACGGUCAGGUUGGCUACUGUUGCCAUCAAGCCUAUUCUUCAACAUUGACGCAUCUAGGUAGCCAAGUACUUGCCAGUGUACUAAGGCUGGAUACACGCUACUCAAGAAUUUGCGUAUUGCAAAUUUCGGAGCACGUGCGCUUAUAGGAGAAGCGGAAUACGUUGAACUCCUUCAAGACUUGCCGCUAGUUAAUUCUAGGAAUGGCCACUUGGCCCUACGCCUGUGUAACCCUGAGGCACAUGCGGCCAUGAGCAAGGAUAAAGAGGAGCGUCGGCCGCUGCAGCGGCCGGAGAGCUCCCUUUUAUACUCUUCGGGUUCCUGGCGGCCGCCAGGGGGGUUAGGCUUACUGCCUACACCCCUUAACAGCCUCGGUCGACAACCGAGCGGAGUGAGGGCGUUGCGGUCUGCUGCAACGAGGAGGGAGGCUUCGCAGGCAACAGUGAACCCGUUACCUCCUACCCCCAGAGCGGUGCCUUCAUCGCUGCUUGCAAGCGCGUCUCGCGCUAUCGAUGAGGCCGACCUGUUCCACCCUUUUGAAGUUAUCGGCAAUGCCUAUGUUAACAGCGCAACGGUGGAGGAACGCGCCAUUGAAAAAGAAAUGCAGCGCCAAACGCUGCUCUUCACUGACCAGCCCCGAGUCACCCGGCCCAACCUCGCAGCCCUGCUCUCCAACAUUCCCAUCACCGCUGGAAACGGUGGCAGCGGCAUCCCCGGCAGCCCCGCCGCUGACGGUUAUACGGCAGAUGCGGUGGCGGAUGCAUUUGGGGGCGGCAUCAGCACUGGUGGUCUUGGGUUGUCCAUGGCGGGGUUUGACGCGAUACCUGAGGAGACUUCAGCUGCAAGCCUCCAAUACGCCGCCGACAGCCCGUUGCGGUUUGCAGCGGCGGCGGCGGCGGGUGCAGCAGGAGCGGCAAUGGAAGCAGCGGGAGGCCCCAUGGCGUCAGCAGCGGCUGCGACGCCGACCGCGGGCCUGGGCCUCAGCAACGGCGUUGACAGCGGCGGCGGCCGCAAUAGCCCUGAAGGUACGGCAGCAGCCCUUAACAGACAGCAGCCGCCCGCGAGUCCUCUGCAGCGACCGCCAACUGCCAAGCUGCAGCAGCAACAGACAGCUGCGCCAAUGACGCCUCGUAAGACCACGACGGGCGGUGACCCAUGGUUCGGUCCGCCGAGCGCCAACAUUGGUAAGACGUCGAGUGGAGUUUGGCAGCGGCCGCUCAGCGGUCGUCCGGCGUCCGGCGUGCCGUCGUCGCGGCCAGUUAGCGCACUUGGCGGCGCUGGCGGUGUCGGCGGCCAACGGACGUCACCAGCACGUCCCGAUUGGGAGGACACGGUUACCGCUGCGUACCGACGUCGUGCCGAAAGCCCGCCAGGGCCAAGCACUUUUCGUCAACCCUUACGACCGCCAUCGGCUAGUGUUGGCGGCGUCAAUGGCGGUCGACGGGUGUCGUCGACGCGUCCUGAAUGGGAAGAUUCCGUAACCGCCACGUACCGCCGGCGCGCUGAGAGCCCGCCGGGGCCGAGCAUCUUCCGUCAGCCAUUGCGGCAACCGUCGGCAACUGCUAAUGGUGGUGGUGUCGGCAGCAGGCGCGCGUCGGCGUCGGCAUCGUCGCUGGCGGCGGCAGCGCGGCCCGUCAGUGCGCCUCGUUCGUACGGACGCCUUGGACGAUCCGUCUCAGCCCAUUUGGAUGCCGCCGUGUCAGCCACCACCGCCGCCGCGGGCGGCGUUAGUGGCGUCCUCCGCGGCGGGGCACGACGGCCGUUGUCGGCAUUGCCUCAGCAGGCAACCGCCGCGACGGCGGCAGCCACUGCAGGCACCAUCACGACGCCCAUGGCCUCUUUCCGUCAAGCGUCGCUCCUUUCCCCACGUGUUAUUACAUCUCCAGAAAGGUCGCCGCAGCCACCACCACCACAGCCACCGCCACCACUACAGCCGCCACCGUCACAGCCAUCACGGCAGCAGCAGUCUGAGGAACAAGUACGACAGCAGCCACAGCAGCCGUCCGGCACAAUGUCGCCGACGCGGCGGCAGCCCACGUCGCCGCCACGAGCCGCUGCCGUUGGAGCGUCGUCUUGGAUGCUCACUCGCGCCGGCAGUCCGCCGGGCCGCGACGGUUCGCCUUCGCCGCCGCGGCGACCGCCGUCGGCGGUUGCGACGGCCAGGUCGCGACCUACGAGUGCGCUGUCCAUUGCGGGUGGCGGGAACGUUCCGCCGGUGAUAGCUGCCGCCGCCGCCGCUGCGGCAGCGACGGUGGCUGAUUCCAUGGGUCCGCCUCCUGUGUCGUACAGGCCACGGAAUGAAUUCCUGUACAGCGGCAAAAAGAUCCCAAACAGCAUUCGUCCGUUCAGUGCCUUCAGCACUUUGGGUAGUGCUGCGAUGGCGGUUGCCGCGGCGUCGGAUGACCCAACUUCCCCAACCAACUUUGCCGCCAUGGCGAAUGACGCCGGAAUGGGCGCGUUAAUGAAGGAGCUGUACGAGCAACAGCCGGUCUACCACGGAGGGGAUGGGCCUAUCCGUACGUCGUACGACGUGGUGGAAUACUAUGCGAAACAAGGCCAGAACGCGCAGAUCAAGCUCUUCUACCUGAAUGCCCGCAAACCCUCGGGGCCGCUGGACGUGGUGAGUCCCUUUGAUCUGGUGGUUGUGCCGUACGAACGGAUCGACCGUACGGUGUACUGGACGAUGUCGGCGCUGGGUGUCGUACAAGUGGAGCAGGGGAGGUCCGACGAGGGGGAGUUCACACCGCUGGGCGAGUGGAUCAGGCUGACCAGCGUGUACGGCUUGCUCCGAAAGCUGCGCUUCUUUCGGCACUUUUUGUUGUGUCGUACCUUCCAACGGUGGCGACGCAACGUCAAUCGUCGCGGCUACGAGCGAAUGCGGCGGCGGUUGGCGGGGCGGUUGUUGGCGGGCAGCCCCAUUUUCCAACCGCUUCUGUUGCGCGCGGGACAAGUGCUGCAGACGAUGCGGGAGACGGCGGUUGUGGCAAUCACCUCAAGGCUGGACCGGUUGUAUUCGUUAGAGGAGUUCGUUGGGGAGCAAGACCACCGUCGUACGGCGGUUGCCGCUCCGCAGCUGUCAGUGCAAGUGCAGCAGUUGUGCAACGAACUGAUAGCGGUUGGUUCGCGGGUGAUUAGCGAGCGAGAGCGAAUGGAGCGACGGAUCGACAUCGCCGCCCUGAAAGCCAAUGCGGUCGUUACCUCCAUUCCGCGUGGCGGUGGCGGCGGCGGCAGCAGGAGUGGGAGUGCCGAGAGGAGGCGGAAGAGGGCGGUGAUGGGAGUGGCGGGCAUAUCGGAGGGAGAGGGGGGUGACGAAGAGGGAGAGGAGGAGGAUGAGGAGCAGGAGGGAGGCGUGGUGCCGUUGCCGCUGCUUGGCGGCAUGUUCGGAGCAGCCACAGGAGGAGGAGGAUCAGGUGGAGGAGCAGGUCAUGGCAUUCCGGCCUACAAAGCAAAGUCCAUUUCAGCGCUCAAGGCCGAGAAGGCGACCAUCCUGGCCCGCCACGAGGCCUGGGUGGCCUGUGAGGCGCGCAUUCCCUCUGUCGUACGACUGCUCGACUACCUGGUGGCGAGUACGGCAGUGGAGCUGGGGGUACGGGGUACGAGGGAGCUGUUGUCGUACCUGGACAACCCGGCCAAGACGAGGGGCGUCUUGUCGGUUACCGUUUCCUUCGAGCCGCCUCCUAACCACCACCACAACCAUCACGGCCACAACCACCUCCUGCAAAACCAUAACAACCACCACAGCCACCACAACAGUCCCAACCACCAUUCGUCGGUUAGCCACAACGCCCGCUCCUCGACGGCUUCGACCUUAUCUUUCUCAACCGCAACAUUAACGGCGACAACUGCUGCAACCGACGCCCUAAUGGCGAAUACCGGCUUCGGUUUCUCUCCGCAGCUCCGACAGGUUACCGAGGGCCUGAUGCACGUGAUGGAUUCCCUGGUCACAAUGCUGUCGGAGAUGCCGCGGCCCUCGUCGUACAAACCCGUGGUCAACAGGUACGUCGGAUCUCGCGAGAUGUUUAUGAACGUCGCGGACAUUAUUCGACGAGAGCACCCGCAAUACAAGGACCUACGGUCUGCCGUACUGGAGCAUGCGGAUACCAGCUAUCACAAGGCACUGGACUACGUACGGGCUACCUUUGAGGACAAGCGACCUAUCUUCGAGUUUUCGCUGGCCUGGGAUGUAGUGUCGUACGCUAGCGCCUGCGAGACGGCUAUAGCGGCUGCAGCAGCCUCUGCUGCAGUCGCCACCGACUUCGUAGUGGGAAACAGUAGCAGCAGCAAUGACGGCAACGCAGCUACCGGUGGCGGCGGCGGCAAGUUAAUGAUGGCUGCAGCUGCUGCGGGUGUCUUGAGCGGCAGCAGCAGCAGUAGCAGCAGUGAAUUGCUGCUGCAAACGUUCAGGAAAGACCUGAUGCAGCAGCGGCGGUGGAAACGACAGGUGGAGCAGAUGAAGAUGAGCAACACGGUGGGCAUCCUUUUCGUGGACAGCAAGAAGAUGCGCGCGGGGCUACAGGACUCCAUUGAGCGCACGCUUGAGGACCUGAAGGGCUGUUUGGUGUCCUCAGCCCGCCGAGCCGUAGCCAUUAGCCAGGAGCAGCUGAGGUUCUGGUCGAGGGAGCUGGACCCGCGACCCGCGGAUCUGGACGGGUAUGCGAAGAUGCGGGAGCUGUACGACAACCUUCUGCUCGUACGGGACAGCGCAUACAAGGCGGUGGACGUGGCAGCUGAAAUGUACGAUCUGUACCGCGAUUACGGCGGCCGCACGGAUGUGAAGGACGCGGUAGCCUUGGAGACCAUGCACGAGCUGGCCUUGCAGGUCCGCGGCCAGAUCCACGAUUUGGGCGUGUGGGUCCGAGACCGCGCGACCGCAAUGACCAUGGACCUGCGGGCGGCCAUCCAGGACCUUUCGGCCAGUAUCGUACAGCUGCUCAACGACCUCACGAACCCCGCAUUGGCGGACCCAGACAGCGACGUGGGGGAGAUCCUGGAUGCCAUAUCGCGGCUGGGUGUACGACUGGAGGAGAUCGAGGAGGACAACCGUCGCUUCAUCCACUACCAGCGCCUCUUCGACCUGGCCCCCGAGGAGCCCAGCAACCUGGUGCUGGCUAGGCGGGAGUUCGGGCGGCGGCAGGCGGCCUGGAACACCCUGGCAGAGUGGAGCGACCGCACGGCAACCUGGCUUCACAGCCCCUGUACGACCCUGGAUGCUGAGGCGGUCAUUGCUGCAAUCGAUGAGUUCCAUCGCUCAGCAUACAGGAUGGCUAAGACGGCUCGGGAGGAUCCAGUAGUGGCGAAGCUCAAGGACGACAUUGAGGCCUUCCGGCGCUUUACGCAGCUCUUCACGGACGCGUGCAACCCCGCGCUGCAGCCUCACCACUGGGAGCAGAUACUGGCACUAAUGGGCAGGCCGGGGGAGCUGGAUCCGGACGAUCCCAUCACAAUUGCGGAUCUCAUCGAGUGGGGCGCGCUGGACAACGCCGAGGCUCUCUCCGCCAUCAGCGGCGCCGCCUCCAAAGAGCUCUCCCUGCGCAGCGCGUUGCGGCGCAUGAAGCAGGAGUGGGAGGGGGUUGUGUUCCAGAUGGUGCCAUACAAGGACACCGGAACCUACGUAGUGGGCCACACGGACGAGAUCCAAAUGCAGCUGGACGAACAACUUAUGAAGGUCCAGGCCAUGAAUGCCGCUCCAUUCGUGAAGCCUUUCCAAAAGGAGGCGGAGGAAUGGCAGGCCACAUUGGAGGGACUCGGGGAGCUGCUGGAGGGCUGGUUGGCGUGUCAGGCCACCUGGAUGUAUCUGGAGCCCAUCUUCAGCUCGCCGGACAUCGUCAAGCAGAUGCCGGCGGAGGGCGAGAAGUUCGCGCAGGUGGACGUUACCUUUCGGUUGUUGGUUGAUGACGUGGUCGCAGCCCCUGGAGCCAUCGCUCUGGCCAAGGAUGCGGACCGGCGAGUCGCGCUGGGCAUGGCUAACCGACUGCUGGACGAGGUCCAGCAUGGCCUGUCUCGCUACCUGGAAAUGAAGCGACUGCUCUUCCCGCGCUUCUUUUUCCUGUCCAACGACGAAAUGCUGGAGAUAUUGUCCGAGACCAAGGAUCCCACCCGCGUGCAGCCGCACUUGCGCAAGUGCUUUGAGGGGAUACACCGACUGCAUUUCGAACCGGGGACCAACGGCCACGUAACCGCCAUGCUCAGCCUGGAGGGCGAGCGAGUUUCCUUCCUGCAGUACAUCAAUACUGCAGCAGCCCGGGGGCAGGUAGAGCAGUGGCUAGUGGAGGUGGAGUCGAGCAUGUUUGAAGCGGUGCAUGACGUCACGGGCAAGGGCAUUGCAGACUACGCAGCCUCCGUGCGCAACGCCGCAACCACCGCCGCUGCAGCAGCAGGCACCGCCUCGACUGCUACAGCCGGGGCUGGGAGUGGCAGCAGCGGCGGGGAUGGUGGGAGUAGUAGUCGGGGUGCAGAUGCGGAUGGUGCUGAAGACGGAGGAGCAGCAGCAGCGGCGGCGGCAGCGGCAGCAGCGGAAGCGGCGGGAGGGCGACGGGAGUGGGCAUUGCGGUGGCCCGGUAUGGUUGUGCUGCUAGCGGCUGGCGUGUUCUGGACACGAGGGGUGGAGGAGGCGAUUGCGGCGGGGAAGCUGAAGGAGUUUGAGGAGCAGUGCACGGGAGAGCUGCGGGAGAUCGUGGACCUGGUUCGUGGCAACCUCACCUCCCUGCAGCGAGCCACCUUGGGUGCUCUGGUGGUGAUGGACGUGCACGGGCGGGACGUGGUGACCGGACUAGCGGAGGCGCGUGUGGCGGCGGCGAGCGAGUUCGACUGGCAGGCGCAGCUGCGUGCCUACUGGCAGCCGGGCGACGGCAAGCCUAUCCCUGGGCAGCCGGAGCGGGAGUUCACUGCGCGGUGCUGCAUGAUGAGCGCCUCCCUGGAGUACGGCUACGAGUACCUGGGCAACAGCUCAAGGCUGGUCAUCACGCCGCUCACGGAUAGGUGCUACCGCACGCUGAUGGGCGCCAUCCACCUCAACCUGGGAGGAGCGCCGGAGGGCCCUGCCGGCACCGGCAAAACAGAGACCACCAAGGACCUGGCCAAGGCGAUGGCGCGGCAGUGUGUAGUGUUCAAUUGCUCUGACACGUUAAACCACCUGGACAUGGCCAAGUUCUUCAAGGGCUUAGCGGCGGCGGGCGCCUGGGCAUGCUUCGACGAGUUCAACCGCAUUGACCUAGAGGUGCUGUCGGUGGUUGCACAACAGGUAUUGGAGAUCCAGCGCGCUAUCGCGUCGCGACUGACCGUCUUCUCUUUUGAGGGCACCGAGUUGCCGCUCAAAUGGAGCGCCUGGGUGGCUAUCACUAUGAACCCGGGAUACGCGGGCCGUACGGAACUGCCGGACAACCUCAAGGCGCUGUUCCGGAGUGUCGCUAUGAUGGUUCCUGACUAUGCCAUGAUUGCGGAGAUCAUUCUCUACAGCUACGGCUACAUGGCGGCUCGCCCUGCCGCCAAAAAGAUUGUUGCCUGCUACAAGCUCUGCUCUGAACAGCUCUCAAGUCAGGACCACUAUGAUUACGGCAUGCGUGCCGUCAUGGCGGUGCUGAGGGCGGCUGGCAACCUCAAGCGGACUGCCACUGCUUCCGCCUCCACCACAUCUACAGCUGCUAUUCCUGCGAAGGAGCUGAGCCAGGAGGAGCAGGAAACCGAGGAGCUUCAACUCAUCCUAAGAUCCAUCGUGGAUGUCAACCUCUGCAAGUUCCUGUCCCAUGACGUUCCGUUAUUUAACGGAAUUGUGUCCGAUCUUUUCCCAGGCAUUUCUCUGCCCCGCACCAAUUACGGCCCACUGGCGGCGGCGCUGCGGUCCGCAUGUGAGGAUGCCAACUUGCAGCCCACCGAGUACUUCCUGCUGAAGGCGACUCAGCUGUACGAGAUGGUGCUUGUACGGCACGGCCUCAUGUUGGUGGGCCAGCCCUUCUCCGGCAAGACCUCUGCCUACCGAGUCCUGGCAGCGGCGCUAACCCGGGUGGCGGAGGACCGAGCCGCCAUGUCGCGUCAGAGCAGCAGCCGCUACCACCAGCGCAGCAACAGCAGCCACCACCUCGCCCGCAAUCAGAGCUCAAGACUCCACCGCCUGGCUAGCACCAAGCAGGGGCAGGGGCAGCAGCAGGGGCAAGGAGUGGGAGGACCAGGGGGAGAAGGGGGAAGCAGCGACAGCUCCAACCCGCAUGCGCAUCAGGUCCGAGCCUCGGCAUUCGUGCUCAACCCCAAGGCCGUUACGAUGGGGCAACUAUACGGACAAACCGAUCCGGCGAGCCAAGAAUGGACCGACGGUGUGCUGGCAGUGCUGUUCCGCCACGCAGCCGCCGACCCCUCCCCCGACCGCAAGUGGCUGGUGCUUGACGGUCCCGUGGAUGCCAUCUGGGUGGAAAACAUGAACACCGUGCUGGACGACAACAAGAAGCUUUGCCUUAACAGCGGCGAGAUCAUCGCCAUGAGCCCGCCCAUGAAUUUGAUCUUCGAGGUUGGCGACCUGGCUGUGGCCUCCCCCGCCACCGUCUCACGCUGCGGCAUGGUCUACCUAGAGCCGCACCAGCUGGGAACCGCCCCGCUGCUGUCCAGCUGGCUGGCAGCACUGCCCGGACACAUGGGAGGAAGCGGAGCAGGCGCAGGAGGGGCAGGAGGGGAUACCGGAGCAGUAGCAGGGGCAGCAGGGAACUUUGAAGGAGGAGGGGCGGCGCCGGAAGCAGGAGGGGCGGAGUCGCCGCCAAAGUCACCCACAGCUGUUAUGGGGGGAAUGUCUGCAGCAGCGGCGGCUGCGGCAGCUGCAGCGGUGGCGGCGGCAACGGCUGCGGCUGCGGCUGCUGCUGGAUCCGGGGUGCGACCCCGGCUGACGGCGCUGUUUGAGGGGCUAGUUAUGCCCACCAUCAGGUUUGUACGACGUGAAGUGAAGGAGGCAGCUCCUUCUCUGGAUGCAAACCUGGCUAUGAGCUGGAUGCGGCUAACAGAGGCGAUGCUGAUACCCGUCAUUGGCACUCCUGACCUCCUGCUCAAGGCGAGCGCCGAGGGGCGGCUGUCAGCGCUGGUGGACGGUGCGGGCCUUAUGGCGCUGGUGUGGGCGGUGGGCAGUACGGCUGCUACGCAGGAAUGUCGAACCCUGGUCGACGGCUUCAUUCGUCGCGCACUGUCAGGGACUCUAGCUGGCCUGGAGGUGCCAUCGGGCCGCCACUACGGCAUCACGGACGCGCCUGUUGUACCACUGCUUUCCCCCGCUGCUGUACCGCCUGAAAAGGGGCUGCUGUACGACUACAUGUUUGACAUGUCGGAAGGCAUCUGGGUUUCGUGGACGGCACGGUUCGCAUCGGGGUCCCCCGCCAUUCCCCCAGAUGCAGCGUACGGCAGCAUUCUGGUCCCCACGGCGGAUACGGCAGCUGUGUCGUACUUGUUGUCGACCGCCAUUGGUGCCAAGUACCCCUUCCUGCUAAUCGGCCCUACCGGCACCGGCAAGUCGCUCACCAUUACCCGGCUGCUGCUAGGACUCGAGCCCGCUACCUUUGCGGCGCCCAACUUCCUGGGCUUCUCAGGGCAAACCAGCGCCAACACCACGCAGGGCCUCAUUGACGCCAAGUUGGAGAAACGGAGGAGGGGAGUGUACGGCCCUGUGGGCGGUCGUAGAGGGGUCGUCUUUGUGGACGACCUCAACAUGCCACAGAGGGAAUUGUACGGCGCCCAACCGCCUAUUGAGCUGUUGCGUCAACUGCUGGAUCACGGCGGUUGGUACGGCAGGGACAACUCCUUCCACACCAUCCAGGACACAUUGCUGGUUGCCGCCAUGUGCCCACCGGGGGGCGGCAGAGCGCCCGUAACCUCCCGCUUCACCCGACACUUCAGCUGGCUUUGUUUGCCAGAGGCCUCCCGCGCAACCCUGACGCACAUCUUCAGCACCAUCCAUGGCUGGUUCCUCACGACCCGAGCCUUCCCGCCUGCAAUAGUGGAGCUGAGGGAUUCCGUGAUCGCUGCCACUCUGGAGGUGUACGGCACCGUUGCCGCACAGCUGCUGCCCACCCCUUCGCGCAGCCACUACACCUUCAACCUGCGGGACUGUUCCCGAGUGGUGCAGGGCAUGCAGGCCCAAGACGCCAAAGCGCUCCAAAGAUCGGUAGACAUCAUGCGGCCGUACAUCAGCCGUACAGCUGCUGCACCACCGGCUGGCGAUAUGUACGGUCACAAUGCCAAUGGGUUUGAGGAUAAUGGCGGUGGCAACGGCAGUAUAAGUAAUACAUCCAACUACCACAACAUCCAUGCUAACAACCUGGCCCUUCGGGAGGCGCAUGUACGGCUGUGGGUUCAUGAGGUGCUGCGAGUCUUCUACGACAGGUUGGUUGACGUUUCGGAGCAGCAGUGGUUCUUGCAGUUGCUAGGGCGGUUGGUUUCGACGCAUUUUGAUGUACAACUGGACGAGCUCCUUACACACCUGGCUGACGAGGAACAGUCGGCAGCAGCAGCAGCAGCAGGAGCAGGAGCAGCGGCAAGGGAAGGAGCGGCUGUGAAUCCGGACACCAUCCGCAGGUGCUUGUUUGGAGACUACAUGACGGAGGGAGACGAGGAGGGUCCCAGGCCGUACUUGGAAAUUCCCCGGCCAACAACCAAUGCGGUAUCCCGGCUAGAAGACCUCCAAGCGGAUUACAACGGUCUGGCAACAGGCGGUCGACAGCACCUGAAGCUGGCAAUCUUCUUGUAUGCAGUGGAGCACGUGACGAGGAUUGCGAGGGUGUUGCGCCAGGAAGGAGGUCACGUGCUGUGUGUUGGGGUGGGCGGCAGCGGGCGACAGAGCCUAGCUAGGUUAGCGGCCUUCACAUGCGGCAUGGACGUGUUCCAGGUCGAGAUUGCACGCGGAUACGGCUUAAACGAGUGGCAUGAUGACCUGCGGCGAUUGGCUCGCCGUGCGGGUGCCGAGGGUCGCCCCACGGUGUUCCUGUUCGGUGACAGCCAGGCGACCCAGGAGAGCUUUGUAGAGGACGUAAACAGCCUGCUAAACAGCGGGGAGGUCCCUAACCUAUUCCCCUCGGACGAGCGAAUCGCCAUUUGCGAAGCUGUGCGACCAGCCGCACAACGCGCCGCCGCAGCCGCAGCCGCAGCCGCCUUUGCCGCCGCAACGGAAGCGCACAUUAAUGGCACAGCCGACAAGCAACAGCAGGCAACUGCAACAUCUGGCUCAACCUCAUCUUCAUCUGGAAGUUCCGGGCACGACACACCGGCGGCACUUUGGGCUUUCUUUAUUUCCCGAUGUCGCGCCAACCUUCAUGUGGUGCUGGCAUUCAGUCCGGCAGGGGACGCGUUUCGGGAGAGGCUGCGGAAGUUUCCCUCGCUUGUCAACUGCUGUACGAUUGAUUGGUUCCACGCCUGGCCAGAUGAUGCGUUAGAAGCGGUUGCCGCCAAGCUGCUGUCGGAGGCUGACAUGCACAAGAGCCUCCUCGUUCCCAUCAAGGGGCUCUGCAAGACCUUCCAUGCGCAGGUCUCUACCGUAUCCGACCAGUUCUGUCGAGAGACCGGGCGGUACAACUACAUAACGCCCACCUCCUACCUGGAGCUCAUUAGCAGCUUCGUGCGGCUUCUGGCGCAACGCAAGGCGAAGGUGCUAGGGGAGCAGCAGAAGUAUGAGAACGGGCUUCAAAAGCUGCAGUCGACGGCCGACCAAAUCUCAACCAUGCGGAAUGAGCUCAAGGAUCUGGGUCCCGUACUGACUCGUACGGUGGCGGAGACGGAGCAGCUUAUGAAGGAGAUUGCGCGGGAGAAGGAGCAGGUUGUGGAGCCGCAGCGUGCGUUGGUGGACUCGGAGGUUCGUGAAGCCGACAAGACGGCUGCAGCCGCCCGGACCAUCAAGGAGGAGUGUGAGACCAUUCUGUCGGAGGCGCUGCCCGCAUUGGAAGCUGCGACACAGGCCCUGGACACCAUCAAGGCUGCGGAUAUCAAGCUGGUUCAGACAUUUAAGAGUCCGCCUGCCGCCGUAAAGCUGGUGCUAGAGGCGGUGUGUGUGCUACUGGACGUGAAACCAACACUGCUGCCCGAUCCCAAUGUGCCGGGUCGCAAGCUCGUGGACUGGUGGGACGCCUCCAAGCGCCUGCUUAUGGAUCCCACUCUCAUCCCGCGACUUAAGGAGUACGACAGGGACAAUAUCCCUCAGAAAAUUAUUGACAAGGUCCGCAGAGAGUACACGGGAGACCCCGAGUUCACCCCAGCCAACGCUGCCAAGGCCUCCAGUGCGGCUGAGGGGCUGUGCAAGUGGGUGCACGCCAUGGACCAGUACGACAGAGUGGCCAAGGUGGUGGCUCCCAAACGCGCCGCCCUGCUGGAGGCCGAGUCCAAGUACAAUGCCGUACUGUCGGGUCUGCACGGCAAGCAGGCUGAGCUGCGGGAGGUGCAGGAGCGGCUGGAGCGGCUGGAGGCCAGGCUGGCGGAGAGCCAGGAGCGCAAGGCGAAACUGGAGGCCGAAAUUGCCACCUGCGCGGUUAAGCUAGAGCGAGCGGAGCAACUGCUAGGCGGUCUGGGCGGGGAGCGGGAGCGCUGGCACACCUCUGCCACCCGUCUAAGGGCCCUGCAGGGGGCGCUGGCGGGGGACAUGUUGCUGGCGGCGGGGGCGGUGGCCUACUUAGGCGCCUUCACUAUGCCUUACAGGGACCGCACCCUCGCCCUGUGGAGCGCUGCGGUUGAGGCGGCGGCCGUGAGGACCUCAGCCAGCAUGGCCCCCGCUGCUGCUGCAGCUACAAGCGGCGGCGGUGACGGUGAUGGUGAAGGUGGUGGAGGCAGCAGUGGUGCGACUGGUUUCUCCCUGACUGCGGCCCUGGGUGACCCGGUGACGAUUCGCGACUGGGUAAUUCAUGGGCUGCCAAACGACUCCUUCUCCAUCGACAGUGCCCUCAUCGCCGCCGCUAGCCGCCGCUGGCCGCUGUGCAUUGACCCGCAGGGUCAAGCUAACCGUUGGAUCAAAGCCAUGAACGAGUCCAGCAAAAUAAAGGUGCUCAAACAGAGCGACCCCUCUUACCUCCGCUCUCUGGAGUCCGCCGUGUCGCUGGGCCUGCCGGUGCUGCUGGAAGGGGUGGGGCAGGAGCUGGACCCCUCCCUGGACCCCCUGCUGCUGCGACAGACCUUUAAGCAGGGCCCUACACUCGUCGUACGACUAGGGGACAACCUAGUGGAGUACAGCCAUGACUUCAGGCUCUACAUGACCACCACGCUUCGAAACCCGCACUACCUGCCGGAGACUGCGGUGAAGGUGACUCUGCUCAACUUCAUGAUCACCCCCGAGGGUCUUACGGACCAGCUGCUAGGGGUGGCGGUGGCGGCGGAGGAGCCGCAACUGGAGGACCAGCGGCAAACCCUGGUUGUCAGCGGUGCGGAGAACGCCCGGCAGCUGGCUGAAAUUGAGGCUCGCAUUCUGGCGGUCAUGUCGGCCACUGAGGGGGACAUCCUGGAGGACGCCUCGGCGGUGGGGGUGUUGUCGGAGUCGAAGAGGCUCUCCAACGACAUCUCAGCCAAGCAAGCCGUGGCCGAGCGGACUCAGGCCGCCCUGGACGCAGCCCGGCGGCGUUACGGCCCGGUAGCCGAGGUGGCUGCCACCGUGUUCUUCGCCAUCGCGGACCUAGCGGGAGUCAACCCCAUGUACCAGUACAGCCUGGGCUGGUUUAUAGGUCUCUUCAUUAAGAGCAUCCGUAACAGUGCAACAGAGGCGGCAGCUGCUACCGCCGCUGCUGCUGCCGCAGCCGCUGCAAACUCCGUCACACCGUCCAUCUAUGGUGGCGGCUUGGGCGGACCGCUGGGAGGAGCAGGUGGCGGCGGAGGAGCGGGAGGGCCAUUUGGUGGUGGAGGGGCUGGAAGCGGUGGUGGGCUGGAGGGAGCGGCUCUGGAAGCUCGUCUCGCUACCAUUGAGAAGCACUUCCUGCUGUCAACCUACCGAAAUGUGUCCAGAUCCCUCUUCGACCGACACAAGCGGCUGCUGUCCGUGCUGCUGGCCACCCGCCUGGCCCAGCGCCGGGGCAAGCUGGGACCGCCUGAGCACCUGCGCUUCCUCAUGCACGGGGCUGGGGCCACGGGUACGGCAGCAGGUGCAGCGUCUGCUGCGAGACCCUCAGCAGCCGGGGGGUCUCCGGUUCGGUCCAGGUCUUCGACUGCCACAGGAGGAGGGGACAUGUCAGGAGGAAGAGAGGGGCUGCUGGGACAGCCCCCAGCGGGUAUUCCGGAACGAGCCUGGGCGGAGGUGCAUGCGCUGGCGGCCAUGCCGGACGGCUCCUUCUCCUCGCUGCCCACCCACAUGGCCAUCAAAGCCGAGGAGUGGGCAGCACUGGUUGAUGCGGCCGACCCGCACGUCUGGCCGCUGCCCGACCCAGUGGGCAGCAUGCUCACCCCCUUCCAGCGUCUUCUAGUGCUCCGCUGCCUGCGCCCUGACAAGCUGCUCCCUGCGCUGGAAAGGUGGGUGGCCGCUGAGCUCGGCCCCGCCUUCAUCUCCCCGCCCCCCCUGGACCUGGAGGCGGCGCUGCAGGAGGCAGCGGAGGAUGGCAACGUGGCCACACCCAUGCUGGUGGUGCUGGCGCCGGGAAGCGACCCAUGGGUCACCAUACUUCGAUGCGCGGAGGCGCACGGACAGGCCAGCAAACUGCAGGUAAUCAGUCUGGGCCAGGGCCAGGGCCCUCGUGCAGAGGCGCUCAUCGCUGCCGCCCGGCGCAUGGGUCACUGGGUCCUGCUGCAAAACUGCCACCUGGCGCCAUCUUGGAUGCCAACCCUGGAGCAGUGCUGGGAGGCGCUGCGGGCUGAAACCACGACCUCCGGAACCGCGGGAAGUGCGGGUAGCAGCGGUGGCGGAAGCGGUAGUAUGGAGCCUGGGUUUCGGCUUUGGCUUACUUCUGCGCCUUCGGCCGCGUUUCCGACGUCGAUGUUAACGGCGGCGGUCAAGGUCACGUGGGAGCCGCCGGCCGGAUUGCAAUCAAACAUGUUGCGGAGUAUGGGAAUGGAGCCCCUGUCCGACCCGGCGUUUUGGGAAAACCGGCAUCACGCUGCGAUUGAUGGCAAAAAGGACGACCCUAGCGACCGUCAGCAGGCACGACCAGGACAGCCUUUUCAGCAGCAACAGCAGCAGCGCCCCUCGUUCAAAAGGGGCGGCAGCAGGCGGCAGAGCGGAGGUAACACGAGCGUGCGAGGAGGAGCAGGAGGAAGCGGUGGUGUCGGUAGCAGUAGCAGCAAGAAGCGACACAACAGCAGCGCUACGGGUGCUACGGGAGCUGCUCGAUCCCCCUCACCUCCUACGCUUCCUCCUUGGCACGAAGCAGAGGACGAUGCCCAGAGUGGUGCUUACGGCGACAGCAAGGAUCCCAGACUGAGGAGGCUGCUAUUCGGGCUCGUCUUCCUGCACGCUGUCGUACAGGAGAGGCGGCGCUACGGGCCCAUCGGUUGGAAUGUGCCGUACGGCUUCGACGACGGCGACCUGCGUAUCUCGGCUCGCCAGAUGCGCAUGUAUGUGAUGGAUUGUACGGCAAGGGGUAACCCACUGCCGUACGCGGCAUUGCGGUAUGCCAUUGGGGAGUGCAACUACGGUGGAAGGGUAACGGAUGACCGAGAUCGACAAUUGCUGUCGACGUUACUUCGCCGGCUCGUGUCCCCAGAAGUCGCGGAACGACCCGGAAAUGUAUUGCUGGCGACCUCCCAACCAUCGUCAACGGACAACUUUGAUGGUGGCGGAGCUAACGGUAACGGUUACAGUGACGGAUUCAGCUUCAAUCCCGUUGGUGGUGGCAGCAUCAGCUUCAGGGAACGGAGGGGUAGUGUAGAAAGCAGAGGCAGCAGGGGCAGUGGGGAAGGAGGAGGCGGAGGGGUUGGUCCACCGGCACCCGCAAUAGAUGCGACAGAGGCAGCACAGGCGGCAGCGAUGUCAUCAUCCGCGGUGUCGAGGGUGGCGGCCACAUCGGUUGGGGUGUGCGUGCCGCCAGAUGAGGGUGGCGUGCAAGGGUACACGUCGUACAUUUCUUCGCUGCCAAGCUCUGUGCUGCCGGAGGUGUUCGGACUGCACUUGAACGCCGAUAUCGCUAAGGACCUCUCCACCACAGCUGAGCUGCUUUCAAGCCUUGCUGCAACAAACAGUAGCAUUAGCAACGGUAAUCGUGGCAGCAGCAGUAACAGCAGCGGCAGUACCAAGGAUAGAUCUUCCUCCUCUGGCGGCGGCUCUUCGUCUUCUUCAGCGGUUGCGGAGGGGGUUGGGGAGCUCUUGGAUCGGUUGCCGCCAGAUUUUGAUACUGAGGCGGCGGCAGCUGCCUUCCCUGUGCUGUAUCAUCAGAGUCUGAACCAGGUUUUGAUUCAGGAAAUGGUACGGUACAAUCGGUUGCUGUCCGUACUAAGGUCCAGUCUGACUCAGCUCUCAGCCGCACUAGCAGGCCGGCAAGUCAUGAGUGCAGAUCUGGAGGGCCUUAUGGCUGACGUGGCGGCAGGGAAGAUGCCGAAUGCUUGGAAGCCUCACUCCUACCCCAGCCUCAAGCCCCUGGCCUCCUUUAUUACCGAUCUGCGGCAGCGCACCGGCUUCCUUUCUGACUGGGUUGCGGAGAGGGCGCCGCCGGCGGCAUUCUGGCUCGGCGCCUUCUUCUUUCCACCCGCCUUCACAACGGCGGCUCUUCAGAACUUUGCUCGCCACCACGUGCUGCCCAUCGACGCGGUGGGAUUCGAUUACGAGGUCCUGCGCGUGCAGGACGCCUGCUCGCUCACCUCCCCCCCGGGCAGCGGUGUCUACGUGUAUGGCUUGCACCUGGAGGGCGCGGGCUGGGACCGCUUCGGCUGCUGCCUAUCAGAGCCCGCACCCAAGCAGCUGCAUUGCCCUGCGCCGCCCAUCUGGUUCAAACCCGUCAAGGUGGCGGAUAUGAGGCCGUCCGCCUCCUACGAUUGCCCCGUCUACCGUACCUCUGAACGCCGCGGCACCCUCGCCACCACCGGCCACUCCACCAACUUCCUGCUGUCUCUCAAGCUGCCGCUGGAUACCACUGCUGCACGACCACGGACACAUGGAUCAGUUGGAGGAGGAGCAGGAGGCGGGGAUGCGGAGGAAGAGGAGGCGCAGUGGCAAGCGCAGCUGCAGCGGCUGAGGGACCAUUGGGUGCUGCGGGGCGUGUGCGCGCUGGUAUCCCUGCCGGAGUAAGGUAGCCUUAAUGGGGUUGCUUACUUUGGGAAAGACGGGUAGCGGAAUGGUGUAAUGUGGAUUGGGCUUGGUGAGCUAAGGCUUGGUGAGAUGGAGGAAAUGAGGAAAGGAAAUGGUUUAGGCCUUACCAAGGCGAGGAGAGGUGACAGAGGGUACGUUUGCAGGCCGGGAAUAAGAAGAAG